ACCCCUUGUUGCCAUCAGCUAUCGAGGCUUAAACAGAAGAAAGGAAAAUCAACGGUUCUGAUUGUCAUCAUGCAGUCAUUGAUGGAGAAAAAGUCAGUCCAAUGAGUGCAACGGUUACUUUAAAAGGAAAAAGCGUUAGCGGCUAGAGUCUUGGCGACCAGAUGACAAGGCUGCCACAAAGAAUUUACACGUGGCAUCCUGAAAACUCUACAGGUGUACCAACGGAAAAAGUUGGAAUUAUUUAAAAAGCGGAAGAAUAAUUAGGGGGCUUAGAUAUUUUUCGUCAAGCGGAUAUUUUGGUAACAGCUUGACCCUUUGACCACCAAUUCGUCCUUUCCUCCGCCAAUAAGUUUCAAUGCCGAUGCUUUCUCUCUCCUCUAUCUCUCCUCUAGCUCCGCCAUGUUCUUCUCUGUCACUUCACACCGGAAUCUCUUUCUCUCCUUCCAGAAUCGGAGUUUCUUCGACUUCUUCGACUUCGCAACUGAUUCAACAUACUAAAUCUUCGUCAAAUCCGAAAGUUGUCAUCACCAGAGAAAGAGGCAAAAACGCCAAGCUCAUUGAUGCCCUGGCCGAACAUGGAAUCAAUUGCUUGGAGCUUCCCCUCAUUCAGCAUAACCGAGGGCCUGACAUGGAUAGGCUUGCUUCUGUUUUAAGUGCAGAAACAACAUUUGACUGGAUUGUCAUAACUUCACCUGAAGCUGGUUCGUUCUUUGUAGAGGCAUGGAAGGCAGCUGGAAACCCAAGUGUUAGGAUAGGUGUUGUUGGAGCGGGUACAGCAAGUAUUUUCGAGAAUCUAAUUCAAUCACAAAAGAAAUCGCUUGAUGUUGCCUUUGCCCCAUCAAAAGCAACAGGCAAAGUUUUGGCUUCAGAGCUUCCAAAGGAUGGUAAUAAGAGGUGCACUGUCUUAUAUCCUGCUUCUGUGAAGGCUAGUAAUGAUAUUGAAGAAGGCUUGUUUUGUCGUGGAUUUCAGGUUGUGAGGCUGAACACAUACACAACUGUACCUGUUGAUCAUGUUGACCAAAUUGUCUUGGAGAAGGCCUUAUUGGCCCCAGUUGUUGCUGUUGCUUCACCAUCAGCAGUUCGAGCCUGGGUCAAUCUUAUUUCAGAACCUGAUUCUUGGGGCAAUGCAGUUGCCUGUAUUGGGGAGACAACUGCCUCAGCUGCAAAAAGAUUAGGAUUGAGAAAUGUGUAUUUUCCAAUGCAGCCUGGACUUGAUGGCUGGGUUGGUAGCAUCCUUGAAGCCUUAAGAGCUCAUGACAGUUUUUAGGAGCGAAAGUUAUUGAGGUUUCUUUGGAAGCCUGGACAUAGAGUGAAGCAGAUUUGGAACCACAAGCAUUUCAAAUUCCGUGUGAACCACAGACCAUAUUUAGUAAAGAAAGUUUUGCCAAGUCAAAGGUUUGGAAUUUGUUAAAAAAUGGGCAUUUUGAACCUACAUAUCCUAUUGGCAGUAGCAGCACUGUAAUUCGAGGUUAGUCAGGCUAUUCAUUUCACUUUAUCAAAACUUGUACAUGCAUUUUUCACUGUAAGCCCGUUCAUUUGACUCAAUGGUAGUUGUGUUUAAAUUGAAU